UUUAGGAAAAUUUCCCUGUUUGCGCCGUGAUCCAGUUUGUUAUCUAUGUAAAUAUUCUUAUCUGUAGAAUUCGUUUUUCAAUUUUAACUGUACAAUGCUAUUCCAUGGAAUCCGGAAUGUUAUCCCAGCUGCAAUUCGCAAUCAAAGUGUAUUGACUUGCUUCCGGACAACGUCAUCUUUCUUUACAGAUGAUUCGGUGUUAAUAAAUGAGGGUCAGUAUAAUGCAACAAUUAUAAUAAAUCGACCUAAAAUCCUAAAUGCUUUGAACUUGGAAAUGAUCAGGAAAAUCACUGAAACUUUAAGGAGAUUUGAAAACACCAAAUCUUUUGUAAUCAUUAAAGGGGCUGGAGAAAGAAGUUUUUGUGUUGGUGGCGAUGUGCCUGAUCUAAUUAAAAAUGAUGUUGAAAGAUCUAGAGCUUCGUUUAGAGACUCAUACGCUUUGCUAUCUUUCAUAUCAAAGAGUAAAAUUCCGAAUAUAGCUUUAAUUAAUGGAAUGACAAUGGGAGGAGGUCUCGGAGUGGCUGUACAUGGAAAGUAUCGUGUCGCAACAGAACGAACAAUGAUGGCCAUGCCUGAAGCUGCUAUUGGUCUAUUCCCAGACGCUGGUAGUUCGUAUUUUCUUAAUCGGCUAAAUGGUAAACUAGGACUAUAUCUGGGAAUGACCGGUACUAGAUUGCUAGCGGAAGAUGUUGCUAGAGUUGGAUUGGCAACACAUUAUUGUGAAAGUACUCAGAUAACUAAUUUGGAGGCUGAAUUAGUGAAAGCUACUAAUGUAAAUGAAGUAGAUAAAAUUUUGAAUAGCUUUUCAUUGAAAGUACCCAAAGAAGCUGGAAUACAUUCGUUAAUGAACAAAAUCAAUAUGUGCUUUAACGGGACGACAGUGGAAGAGAUUUUUAAAAACCUGGAGAAAGAUGGUAGUGAAUGGGCUCUUAAAACUCUCAGUACUCUUAAAAGUAAAAGUCCACUUUCUUUAAAAAUGACUCUCAAACAAUUCCAACUGGGAGCGGAUAAGCCGUUAGAUGAGUGUUUGAAGAGGAAGAACCAUCACGUGUCGCCGCCAAAAAUCGAAUCCUUUCUCCAUGAGUGUUUGAGAAUGGAAUAUCGUUUGGCAUUCCGGCGUUUGAAUGACUUUGAUUUUCGUGAAGGAGUUCGGGCUCUUCUAAUAGAUAAGGACAAUAAACCUCAGUGGAAUCCACCAAGUCUUGAUGCUGUUGUUGACGAUCAGGUGCUAAAAUAUUUCGACAAAUUGGCCGAGAGAGAUGAGUUAAAGAUAUAA